CACAGUGGUUGACAGCAGAGGAGAGGAACCAACUUAUUCCUGGCUUGAAAGCAGCAGGGUGGUCGGAACUAAGCGAGAGAGAUGCCAUCUACAAAGAGUUCUCCUUCAAAAAUUUUAAUCAGCUGCACCUCUCCACUUCCCGCCCCCUUCUGGCCUGCUAUCCAGCCCUUGAACAUUUCCUCAAACUCUGACCUCCCCCUGGAGACUCAGCCUUCACAGGCGUUUGGCUUUAUGUCCAGGGUUGCCCUGCAAGCAGAGAAGAUGAAUCACCACCCAGAAUGGUUCAACGUGUACAACAAGGUCCAGAUCACCCUCACCUCACAUGACUGUGGAGGCCUGACCAAGCGUGAUGUGAAGCUGGCCCAGUUCAUUGAAAAAGCUGCUGCUUCUCUGUGAUCGCCUUCAAAACGCAUGAAAAGUUCCAACACCUGUCUGCUUGUCUGCAGUGUGCUUAGAAAGGCAUUUAUGUUAAUAAAUUGUCAUAAAGUAGUUCAUAUUUACCUGUAUACAUUUUUGUAUAAUUGAUACUCAAAUAUAGAAUGAUUUGAAGCCAA